CUUUGCCGUUGGUUCACCCUCCAGUGGCCGCCGCAGCUGGUGCGCUGCGGCCGGCGCACCAUGCUGAUCUGAAGGCAGGAGCCAGGAGGCAGGUGCUUUUCCUGGUCUCCCAUGGGGUGCAGGGCCCAAGCACCUGGACCAUCCUCCACUGCACUCCCUGGCCACAGUAGAGAGCUGGCCUGGAAGAGGGGCAACCGGGACAGAAUCCGGCGCCCCGACCGGGACUAGAACCCGGUGUGCCGGCGCCGCUAGGUGGAGGAUUAGCCUAGUGAGCCGCGGCGCCGGCCAGUAAACAAUAAUUUUUAAAAAGUGAGAUGAACUGUGGUAGGCAGCACCCAACACUUGGCACAGUCAACCUCAGUCGUGAGUGGGGGCGUGGGGGCAGGGGUUAAAAGGAAACUACAGUGUGUGUGAUACUCCAGCCUUUCUCAGGUGAGCCCUUAGUAGUCCUCCGUGGCAAGUGACCACGGCCCAAAGGUCACGGUGUCGCCUGCUUCACAGAGGGGUUGAGGCUGUGUUGGCUGCUCUGUGACUGUUGUCCUUGUUGGCAGAGUGGCCCUGACCUGACGAGGGAUGCAGAGCUUCCUGACGCUGCUGAGGGAGCACGGGGGUGCCUGCCCGCCCCCAGCAGAGCUGGUCACCCUUACAGGCAGGCUGUGCCGUGACCUCCAGGAUGACCUUGCCCAGGUGCAGCCUUUGGUUGCUGCCAUUCUGGACAGCCAACUCCGCCUGCACCUCCUGGACAACGCAGAUGUGGCCCUGGUGUGUGCCCGUGUCCUGGCCCAGCAGGAGCAGCAGCAGGCAGCCUGCCGGCUUCUAGAGGGUUGCCGUGUGCCAGGAGGCAGCCAUGAGCUGGUGCGGCUCUGGAACGACAUCCACUACAGUCUGGCCAUGCGGAAGCUGGGCGUGGCUGCGCUGACCCCGGUGCAGAAGUUCCGCUGCAGGAAGAGGAACCCCCCGCCGCCCUGCCUCUGCCCCGACGGCCUGAAGAGCCGAAACUUCCCCAGCGCGGUCCGCCGGAGGCUCCGGGACUUUGCCUUGGGCGUGAGCAGCCACCCCAGCAAGGCCGAGCGGGAGAGUUUGGCUUUGGAGACGAGCCUGACUGCAGAGCAGAUCUACAACUGGUUUGCUAAUUACCGGCGGCGCCAGAGGACCCUUCAGCAGCGCCUGGAGCCAGCCCAGCAGGUGGCCGCAGGCGAUCCCAGUGCAAAGGAGAGGCAUCUGGACCUUCAGCCCUCUGGGUUCCUGCGCAGGCCUCAGUGGUCAGCAGUGCAUGGGGAGACUGGGCAUCAGCAGUGCCCAGAGACCAUCCAAAGACCCUGGGAGGCCCUGGCCCUGGUCACGGACAUUCCUGGAGAUGAGGUGAUCUCAAAGCCCCUGGCUGCCAGGUCUCUGCAGGGUGGUGAGAUGCACCAGGAAGAGCCUGGCUGUGAUCCUGUCUCCAUCCCCACCAUCUCCCCUGGCUCUGGUCUCUGCCCUCUGCCUACUGGCAGCAACAUGGUGGAGCCCUCUCUGGCUGCCCCCGAUUCGUGGCUGAUGUCCCUAGCGCUGACGUCCUCCAGGGAAGUUUCGUUCCAGACUGGACAGCUGGUCCCAGGAUACAGGCAGGACUUUGGGAUGCACCCUACAGAUGCUGCUCUGGCUGUGUCCGUCACUGCCCUCAGCGACCCCAGCCCUGCAGGAUUUGCUGAGCCAUCCAGUGGUCAUCUCCAGAGUGUGUACCUGGAGGAGGGCCCAGGCCCAGGCAGUGGCCGGGCAAUGCAGGUGGGCGGUUUCCUGGUGACACAGUCCCUGCUGCAGACUCCUGAAUUCAGCCUCCCCCAGAGCCCUCCAGAGCUGCUGCCGGCCUCGUCCACCUCCCUCAACCCUGGGUCUGCCAUGGAGCUGAGUCAGCACCUGCCCUCUAGCCAGGUGCAGUGGUCCGGUGGCCAGGCUUCCUGCGAUGCCUUCUGGGGAGCCAGGAUGCUCCUGGAAUUCUCAGGAGGCAGCCUGGGCUGAGCUGUCCCUUGGGAGCCAGGCCAGCGCCCCAGGAGGACUCGGUGUGGGUUGUCUGGCUGCUCAAGACCCCCAGCUGCCGAGCUUUGUGUUGGAUAGAGUUCUCAGGUCCCCAGAGGUCCCUGAGUGGCUCUGCUGAGAAGCGCUGAGAGCCGCUUAGCCACAGCCAUGUUGGGACAGUUUAGUUGGCAACUCCCUGUGUUGUGGAAUGCACCUGAGAAAUGUUGUGUGUGCAGCCGGCAGAGGCAGAUCUGUUCCACUCAGGCAGGGAUGGAUCAGAGUCAGGUCCCCCUGAGUUUCAGAGAGAGGAGGGUGGUCCACGGCUGCUGCCUGCACAAGGCCACGCUUCCCUGUGCAGGCCACUUUGUGCGGGAGGCCUGGGAGGUGAGCGUGCUGACCUUUCUGCUGGUGGGCUUCUCCUUGAGUGCUGAGACAGACAUGGUUGGCAUUGCCCUGCUGGGCACAGUAGAGUGGUUUUCCCUUCGGGUUGUAUUGUGUUGUGUUUGUUUAACAAAUGUUGUGUUCAACCAAAUUAAAGUUUAAUCUUUUGAACUGCCCGUUUUCACCAAAACUGCAUCCUGACAGGCGUGUGUGUAGAGGUGUAGCAAUUAACACCAGCCUUUCAGUACCUGGCUGACAUUCCAUGGUGGGAUCCCUUUACCUGAUGUCUCGUUAUCUGACUGAUGGACGUGUGGGUUGCUUCCAGCGUCUCUUACAAGGAGCAUUAGGGUGGGUAUCUCCUCCCCUGCCCUUUGCUCCUUGUGUGCUUACUGCCUCAGUGAAUUCCUGGAAGCUGAAUUUCCGAGCGAGUCUUGGGAACCCCCGGUGUGGACUGUGCGUCCUGGGAGCAUCUGUUGACUGGGCCUGCGCGCCUCUGCCCGUGUGCCCAUAUCAGAGGGGAGCUGUGUCUGGGCUGGGCUGAGAUUUAGACCCUGGCCUUACUCUCAGAAGGACUCAAGCUGAUCUGUGAGAAAGUCGAGGCCCAGAGCCCUCCCUGUGAGUCCGUGUGUGUGAGAAUGAGGAGCCACAGCUGGGAGCCCCAAGGCUAGAGGGUCAGGAAGCAGGAACAACUUGACUGAGAUUGGAGAAGGCCGUGUGGGCCAUGGGAGAAGGAGUGGAGCAGCAAAGACAAGAACAGGAGCCUGGGGUGUUCCGCCCAGAAGCCAUCACAUUGCUCCCCUGUGACCCAGCGUGACCUGGCCGUCCUCAGGCCUGCAGGAGAUUCUGCCGCAGUGGGGGGUGGGGGGCAGCCAUUUGCUGCCUGUUGCGGGAGUGCCAGGCCCCCACGAGUCCCA